UUACAAACAGUAUCAUUUUUAUCCAAUCAGACGCCUGCAUCACACCUCAACAACCAGCCGAAAGUUUCUACAGUUUACGUCAAAGUAACCAAUCAGCAGCCUGAUUCAAACCCCAGUCACACCCACUCGACCAAUCAGAUCAAUAACAAAAACAAGUUCACGGUUCUCUGAAUCCGGUUAGUGGUCACAUGACAUGCAGAUUGAAGAGAGAGAGAGAGGGGAAACCAAACUGCCAACACAGAAGGACAUGAAACAUCUUUCUAAUCAUAUGCUGUAAACAGCAGUAGUGCACUAACAAUAUUCAAAAAACAACAAGACUGGAGUGCUGUGUAAAAUACUCACAUUGUACAUACUGUGUAAAUGUCACACACUCCUAUCAUUCCUUCCUCCAUCUUUCUCUGCUCCAGGUCAAACACUGCUUAUAUGUUUAAUAUAGUUUGGUGAACUGGUAAACCAUUACAGACGUCAUGCAGAGCUGAUGUGGUUAGAGAUACGAAAGGGGAAGGAAAUGUUCAUUUUAGUUGCUGAUGCUGCUUGUCAUUCACUCAGUACGGAAGAGAACGACAGUAGCGUUUGUCACACAGAAUUUGGUCUUUUAAAAGAAACGCUUGUUAAAGUUCAUCAUGUGGGACGUUCUGCUGCUCUUUUCCAGCAUCUGUACAGCUGUUGUUGUAGGAGCUCCAGAUACAGUUACAGGACACAGAGGAGAGAGAGUUGAGAUCAGAUGUCCAUAUGAAUCUGGAUAUGAAUCAAAUUCAAAGUAUUUUUGUAAAGGGGACUGUAAAUAUGCUCGAAAUAAAAACAUCAUGGUUAAAUCAGGAUCUCCAGCUAAAGACGAGAGAUUCUCUCUGACUGACGACACGACGAACAGAGUUUUCACCGUCACCAUCACUGAUCUGAGAACAGAGGAUGAAGACAAAUACUGGUGUGCUGUGGAGAGGACUUUUACUGAUUUGUCUUUAACUGAUGUCUAUUCAGAGAUUUUGCUGAAGGUUAAAAAGGAUAAAAACACCACUGAAGUUUCAACCAUCAGCUCUUUUUCAAAAACACAGUCGUAUUUCAGCACAACAGAACUGAAUCCACAAUCAGUGUCUCAUCAAACUGAAACUGAAACAACAAGAACAACAACAGGAAAUACUACAGUUCAACUCCAUCAGCAAACCACUAUGAUGCGUUCAGACCUGUCUUCUGUUGCUGGCGGUCUGGGUUCGGUUCUGCUGGUUCUGACUCUGUGUUCUGGAACGUUCCUCAUCCUGAAAAAGAGGAAAAGGAAAUGUGGGACAGCUUUAUUUCAGCAAAAUGUGCAGCACAAUACAGAGACUGACCGCAUGUAUGAAGAGAUUCCAAACAGUGACGUCGCUGCGGUAACAUCUUCAGCCAAUCAGACGCCUGCAUCACACCUCAACAACCACCCAGAAGUCUCUGCUGUUUACACCACAGUAACCAAUCAGCAGCCUGAUUCAAACCCCAGUCACACCCACUCGACCAAUCAGGUGACAGAUACAGACUGUGAUUAUUAUGCCAAUAUGAAGUCACCUGACCCAACACAGGACAGCAGGACAGAACUGAUCUACGUGACAGCAACAACAACACAUUCACAAAACAACGCAAGAAAUAAGGGUGUAAUAUAUUCAGUGAUCAACCAUAAAUAAAAAAAAAAAAAAACUGUCAAAAUCUGUUAAAAUCUACAUUGCUUUAAUGAAUCAAUAUUUUGACACACUUUUAUGUACAAAACACAGUUUAUAAGUGUAUAAUGUUCAUUAUGCUUCACUAACAAGAUAACCAGCUAACAACAAAUAAAUAAAAAUUGUGUGAUUUUUAAUGUACUUGGUACACCUCUUUUACAGUUAAAGCAUAUAAAAAGUCAACUUAAGCUUCUUAA